AGACGAAAGUGGAUGCGUGGACGUCGUACGACCACCCAAUCAACGGCCAAUAUCCAUUCCCGCACUCCCAAUCCAUCCUGACCGUCCGUUCAAAAUCCACCGCCGCAACAAAGCGCGGGAAACCGAACCGCGCCACUAUAUAAGAGUGGCAGCGCCACCAACGGUCGCGUUCGAACAAGUGUGUAAUCUCUCAGUUCCAUUCCACUUCCAGCCAGCGGGAGCCAAGAGAAGAAAUUUGCUGGCUUUUUAGGGUUUCGGCCUCUCUCGAUGGCGCCGAAGAAGCGAACAGCGAAGCAAGAAGAUGAGCCGGCGGCGGCGGCGGCGGCGGCAGCCAAGCCUGCUCCGACGUCAUCGAGGGUAACCCGGAGUUCGGCCCGGCUGGCGGCGAACUCGAAGGCCGGUGGGCCUGUGCCGGAGUUGCCGGUGAGGAAGAAGCCGAAGCGUGCUCAGAAGGAAAAUGGGAAGCCGGAGGCGGAGGAGGUCGAGACUGAGAAAGAGGAAGUGGAAGUUGGUGCUGCUUCGGAGAAACUUGGCGGCGAGGAUGCGAUGAACAGAACCGUUGUGAUUGAACAUUGCAAACAGUGCCAAUCGUUCAAGAAAAGGGCCAUCGAGGUGCAGAAUGGUCUAGAGACUGGUGUUCCUGGCAUCACUGUGCUGGUCAACCCUGAUAAGCCAAGAAGAGGAUGCUUUGAAAUACGGAGUGGAGGUGGCGAGAAGUUUAUCAGCCUUCUGGACAUGAAGCGACCGUUUACUCGUAUGAAGGAGCUCGACAUGGGGAAAGUAAUUUCGAAUAUUGUUGAGAAGAUAAAAGGAUGACGAGAGGCAUUGACGACAAACUUACCCUUCCUUUAGGAAUGGAUGUAAUGUUGUUUUUUUGUGGUGGUUUGAAGCUAAAGCAAGCAGAGUCGCUUUGAUGGUGGGAACUUAGCAAAUGAUCAUUGCCAAUGACAAUGUUCACUUUGGCUUGUAAAGGUAAAGCCAUCAGGUUUGCACAAACAUGGUGGAUUUGAUUGUUUUGGUUUAAGCUUCAAAAAAUGAA